CAGCAAACAUGUUUGCAUUAGAGGAUGAUUUUACUUGCUCAAUAUGCCUGGAAGUCUUAAAUGAGCCUGUCUCUGCGCCAUGCGGGCACAGUUUCUGUUUAGCAUGCAUUAACAAAUAUUGGGAUCAGGCAGAAGUGUGCAACUGCCCUCAGUGCAGGGAGAUAUUCAACCCAAGGCCUCAACUGCGCAAAAGCACCCUUCUGAAUGAGUUGAUGGAAAAACUAAAGAUGAAACAGCCACAUUCCCGUGUGGCAAAACACUUUGAUGGAUCAGCAAUGAUACUGUGUGAUUUCUGCAGUGGAGAGAAGCUCAGAGCAGUGAAGUCGUGUAUGACAUGCCUAACCUCAUUCUGUGAGAUACACAUCAAGCACCACAAUGAAAUUGUGGCCUGGAAAAAUCACAAACUGGUUAAUCCAACUGCAAAUAUACAAGAGAACUCUGUAAAAAACAUCAGAAAGCUUUGGAAAUCUACUGUCGAUCUGAUGAAACCUGCAUCUGCUCAUUGUGUGUUAUUACUGGGCACAGGGAUCAUGACACAGCUCAACCAGAGACAGAGAGGGCCACCAAACAGAUAUCUGCAGUAACAGAAAUGGAUAAAUAUGAGAAGAGCUUUGCUGAACUUGUACUCCUUAUUGAGAAAGCCCACAAGAAAAAAAAGGAGACAAUUCAAGAGCAAGAGAAGCGAGAAGUGGGAAAGGCGAAAAAAAUCUUGGACCGGCUGCAAAAGGAGAUUACAGUGCUGAAGAAGAAACAUGCUGAGUUUACUGAGCUCUCACAGACAGAUGACCACAUCCAUUUCCUUCAGGUUAGA